AUGAGCGACGUCACUCUCGACAGCAAGGCGUUCUUCAAGCGCGCAGCCAAGAUCUUCGCGCUGUGGGAGCAGCCGAACGAUGUGGCCGAGGAACUGGCGGAUCUGAGGGCGCUGCAGGUCAUCAUGGGGGAGCCGAACGAUGAGGGGCUGUCGUACUCGAAGAGCUCGGCUUUGCAGACCUGGUUAUUGGGCUAUGAGUUUCCCUCGACACUCAUGCUCUUCACAAAAUCACCAAGGAAGGUCACCUUCGUUUGCAGUGCCAGCAAGGCAAAGAUCCUCAAUCAGCUGCAGAGCGAUGGAGAUAUCGAGAUUGAUGUUCGCGUACGAGGCAAGGACGAGGCCAGUGCUAGUGAGUCGGAAGUGCUUCCCGACCUGGCCAAGUCAAUAGGCGCCGAGCAGAUCGGUUAUCUGCAGAAGGACAAGCAGACCGGCAAGUUUGCAGACGAGUGGAGCAAAGCACAAGACGGUGUGAUCGGGCUGGAGCUGGUUGAUAUGGCAGCGGCGAUCUCAGAGGUGCUCGGGGAAAAGGAUGGGGAGGAAUUGAAAACCGUCAUCACCAGUUCUCGCCUGACUUCCACUUGCAUGAUUCACUACUUCAAGUCCAAGAUGGAAUCCAUCAUCGACCGAGGGACAAAAGUCACGCACGAGGAGUUUGCGAGUAUGAUUGAGGAGAAGAUUGGGAAUGACGAGAAGGCGGCGGACAUGAAGCUGUGGAAUAGGAAUGCUCAGCUUGGCGAGAUUGACUUCUCGUCCACUGAAUGGACACUCCCACCGAUCAUCCAGUCUGGCGGGAAAUACGACCUCAAGCUCUCGGCCCAGUCAAAUCAGGACAACCUCAAGCCUGGCGUCAUCCUCUGUACCCUCGGCAUGCGGUACAAGAACUACUGUUCUAGUAUGGGGCGGACAUUUAUGAUUGAUCCUCAUCCGACACAAGAGAAGUACUACACCAUCCUGGUCGAGGCGCGGAACGAGACCUUCAAGGCGAUGAAGCCAGGAGCUACCGCCAAGGAGAUUUACGAAUUUGCACUCGAGUAUAUCAAGGCGAAGAGCGGGACACUGGCCGAGUCGUUUGUCAAAUCUAUCGGAUUCGCCACUGGUAUCGAGUACAGAGAUAGCAACUUUGUGCUGAGCCCAAAGAACGGUCGGGAGCUCAAGGAGAAUAUGGUGUUUAUUGUCAGCUUUGGGUGUGCAGAUCUGCCAAAUCCGAAGAAAAACGGUCAAAAAUACUCUCUCCUCCUCACCGACACGGUCAAAAUCGGCCAAGAAGGCGUCAUCAACCUCACGGAAGGCUGCUUCAAGAUCAAGGACGUCGUCAUGCAGCUGGAUGGCGAGGACGAGGUCGAGGAUGUCAAACCCGCCGUCAAGCCCAGUUCGUCAAAAGCCAACGGCAAGGCGAGUGCGAAACCCGCCAAGCCAGCUCGCGCUUCAGCUUCCACCAGCACGCGGGCCAUCUCGACCAAAACCCGAGGUGGAAAGCGGGAACAGGUGGAGCAGACGACAGCGGAGAAGAUCAAAGCAAAUCAGGCUCGUCUUCAUGCGGAACGGCAAGAGGCCGGUGUCAAGAAGUUCAAGAAGGGCGGAGAUGGAAAGGGAGACGGAAAGGACAAGGUGGUCAAGAAGUACGAGAGUUAUCGGCGGGAGGAGCAAUUACCGCGGGCGGUCGAAGAUCGUCGAGUCCACGUCGACGAACAACGGUCAACGGUCGUCCUCCCCAUCUACGGCUACGCUGUCCCCUUCCACAUUUCCACCAUCAAAAACGUCACCAAAACCGAAGAGGCGGAAUACUUCGUCCUUCGGAUCAACUUCCAGUCUCCCGGCCAGAUCGCGGGCAAAAAGGAGGACAUGCCAUUCGAGAACCCGGACGCGACCUUUAUUCGGUCGGCGUCAUUCCGCUCAAAAGACCAGCGGCAUAUGCUCAAGGUGUUCCAGGGCAUCUCGGACCUGAAGAAGCAGGCGACGAAGCGGGAGGCGGAGCGCAAGGAGAUGGCGGAUGUCAUCGAGCAGGAGAAGCUGCUGGAGAUUAAGGGGCGGCAUCCCUAUGUUCUCAAGAACGUCUUCCCGCGGCCGCAGGCAGAGGGCAAGAAGACGGACGGGAAUCUGGAAAUUCACCAGAACGGUGUUCGGUUCCGACCGGACAAUGCCGGCGCCCGGAUCGACGUCCUGUUCAGUAACGUCCAAAACCUCUUCUUCCAGCCGUCCGACAAGGAACUCAUCGUCCUCAUCCACUUCCACCUCAAAUCACCCAUCAUGCUCGGCAAAAAGAAGACGUACGAUGUCCAAUUCUACCGCGAGGUCACGGACAUGUCGUUUGACGAGACGGGCGGUAAGAAGCGGCGGGCGAGGUAUGGGGACGAGGAUGAGAUUGAGCAGGAGCAAGAGGAUCGGCGGAGGCGGCAAGAGCUCGACAAGACUUUCCACGAGUUUGCGCGCCGCAUCCAGUCGGCCGCCGAGACGCAACAACACGAUCUCGAGGUGGACGUGCCGUUCCGAGAACUCGGCUUCUCGGGGGUACCGUUCCGCUCCAACGUCAUGCUCUUGCCGACUACCAACUGCCUCAUCCAUCUCUCGGAAUACCCCUUUACGGUCAUUGCCCUCAACGAGGUCGAGCUCGUCCAUCUGGAACGUGUUCAGUUCGGGCUCAAAAACUUUGAUAUGGUCUUUGUGCACAGCGACUUCAAGAAGACGCCAGUGCACAUCAACAAUAUCCCGGUGGUUCAUCUCGAUAAUGUCAAGGAGUGGCUCGAUUCGUGUGACGUCGCUAUCUCGGAAGGCCCCGUCAACCUGUCUUGGCCGGCCAUCAUGAAGACGCUCAAUGAGGAUCCCUACGGCUUCUACGCUGAGGGCGGGUGGACAUUCCUCACUGGAGGAGCGGAGGACAGCGAGAGUGAAAGCUCGGACGGAUCCGAGUUCAACGAAAGCGGGGAUGAGAUCAGCGAUGCGAGCUCGUCAGAGAGUGGAAGCGAGAGUGACUUCGACGAUGAUGAUGGAUCGGAAGGGUCAGGCGGCUCGUUUGCGGAAGAUGAGAGUGGAGAGGAUUGGGACGAGUUGGAGCGCAAAGCUGCUCGAGCCGACGACAAGCACAGAGAUAAUGGCGGGUCCGAUUCGGACGAUGGGAAGUCCAAAAAGAAGAAGAAGUCUGGAGGGAGGAGGUAG